AGUUAGUUAAAGUUAGAGCUUCCGGAACAGAAAUAGAAAUAGAAAAAUAGGGUUUCCAAAAUUGAAUUGGGGAUUCAAAGGGGUUUAGGGUUCAUGAGCAGUAGAAUCAAUUUCAACAUGGAUUCUGAUAAAGCCAAACUCUUCGUUGGUGGCAUUUCUCGCGACACUACCGAAGAUAUCCUCAAACACUAUUUCGCUAAAUACGGUGACGUUUUGUAUUCCACCAUCUCCUUCGACCGCGCUACUCGAAUCCCAAGAGGGUUUGGCUUCGUUACAUUCUCUGAUAUUGGUUCAGCUGAAAAAGCCCUUCAAGAUAACCAUGUUAUUCUUGGACGAAAGGUAGAGGUGAGAAAAGCUAUACCAAGAAGUGAGCAGUUACAACAAAAUCAGUUACAGAAUCGAGGGGGAAGUGGCUAUGGUAAUUAUGAAUGUAACAGUGAUCAGAUUAAGACUAAGAAGAUUUUUGUAGGAGGUUUACCUGCUAAUAUAUCUGUGGAGGAGUUUAAGAGAUACUUUGAGGGGUUUGGUACGAUAACUGAUGUGGUGGUGAUGCAGGAUAGUGUGACUCAUAGGCCGAGGGGGUUUGGGUUUAUCACUUAUGAGAAUGAAGAAUCCGUGCAGAAUGUUACGGUGAAAAGUUUUCAUGAUUUGAAUGGUAGGCUGGUUGAGGUUAAGAGGGCUGUUCCGAGGGAGGGGAAUGUUGGUAAUGAUCGUUUUGGUGGGAAAAUAAGGUAUAGGAUUGAUAGAGGAGCGGCUGAGAUGUUUCCUCAUUCUAGUCCUAGUAACAUGGUUAAUGGAUUUUCGCCUUUGCCUUGGUAUCCUAGUGAUGUGGGAUAUGGGUAUGGAUCAAAUGCUGCCUAUGGUUGUUGGUAUCCUAUGGGUGCGUAUGGUGGGAACGGAUAUGUAGCUCCAUCUGAUGUUUAUCGGAACUUCUGGUAUGGGCAAAUGGUAACUGGUCAUCAGGCGCCGCCUUAUGUUAAUGCUAUGCCAAGUGUUGCAUAUGUGGGUGGUGUUGGAAUUGUAGGCGGUGGUGCUGAAACUUGGGGCUACAAUGCCGUUCUUGAGUCCCCAACAAAUUAUAAAUUUGGCCAACCGUUAAUCGCGAAUGGAUUUGUUCCAUGCAAUAUGCCAUUGCCUCAUGGUGUAAAGCAAAAUGUUGGCACUUCAAGUUUUAAACAAAGUAAUGGGGAAAUUUCUAUCUGACAGACAUCAAAGGUUGCUGUGCUGGGCCUUCAUUCAUGUAGGUAAAGGUAAAUACUUGCUGACUGCUUCAUCUGAUCUGUGAAAGAUCAGUAUAUUCUUUCCUAGAUUGUGUAAUAGCUAGUCGUUGGGCCUUUCCACAUGUCUCAAAUCUGUAGUUUAGCUACUUAACUUGUUUAAUUAUGGAGAUUUAUCAGUAGAAGAUUCAAGCAUAUGUAAAAAUAGUUUCAUGCAAAUCAUUUUAUCCAUGCUUCUUUUGUAUAACACACUGUAGUUCGUUUCCCA